UGUCUAGCGGUUGAGACGACAACCAUAAGCCAUCCCCGUUCUCGUCCAUUUAGUAAUCUAACCCGCGCUCAAAUGGCGUCCUCUGCUUCGCUGCUCAGAACGGAGGUGGGUGUGGCCAACCCCAUCACCACCAUCUCCUCCCACUAAAACCAUGACCACCUCCAUGGCGACACGAGCCGCAGUUUCUUCGGCACGCGUCGUGAGCAACCCAACAAGCAUCGGCCCCACGCGCUCCCCGCUCGCGCCACCUCCUUCGGCCCUCCCCUUCCCUUGCCGCGCCCUCCCUCGGGGCCCGGCCCGAGGACCCGGGAUCCGCGUCCGCCGCCCCGGGUCCUCCCUCCGUGGCUCGGCCGGCGAGCCGGCGGAGGGCUUGGACGACGGCUUCUUCGAAGGUGGCGGCCCGAUGAUGGAGGACGAGAGCGACGACGAAGAGGACGCGGAGAGCAGCGCCGAUUUGCUCAUCAGGUUCUUGCAGAGCAUGUUCAAGAAGGCGGGCCGGCGAGCCAAGAAGGCUUCGCGCUCCGUUUUGCCCGACGCGAUACCGCCGCAGCUGGUUUCCUUUGCGGUUGAUGGGAUUCUUCUGCUAGCUUCACUUUCCAUUUUGAAGGCACUUCUUGAGUGUUGGUGCUGGUUUCAGGUGGCUUGCACUCUUGGUGGCUCUGUAUUUGUGGUGAUCCUCCUCCUGCGGGUGAUCUGGGCAGCUGUCUCGUAUUUCCAAUCUAAUGGGGGUGGCUUGAACCAAGGUGGGAAUACCUUUGGUGCGGCACAACCCAUAUGACAGACGACUUCAGUUUGAGCUUAUGCACCUCUCUUUGAUAACUUCAGAAUUCUCCUUCCUUCAACCUUGCUUAUGUCUAUAAGUUGAACCACUAUGUCUGUACUCUGAAAAUUUAGGUUCUCAGGUAAUUGUCCGUCGGCUGUGAAUACAAGUGCUGUUGACGCUUAUAAUACUUGAUGAUGAUUAUUAGUGACUGUACUGAUUUAUGUCAUCUAUCAUAUUACAAAGACAUCCAGUAUCCAAUUGUAUUUUUUGUAGUUAAAA